GACGGUUCGCAGACGGUAGAGGAACAGAGUUCCUUCGGGCGAACGGUCGAAGGCGGUGUGCUGGAGGAGAGUGUUGUGGCAGGUUGUUUACCUGUUGGAUAACCCGGCGUCGCGACGCUACAACUUGUUGCUCGGACCCGCCACCCCGAAGGCGGCAUCACUCAGUCGGCCAUCACCACUUGUUCCAGCAACCACCUGCCAGAGUUUCACUCCGAGGUACCGUCUUCGCGAUGCCACGCUGCUACAUGGUGAAGAAACAGAGCAACAAGUAUCCGGCCGCCGUCGCGAGGGACAACACGCGGCCACCGGAGGAAGGCGGAGGUGGGUCGUGGGAGCAGGCGGCCGCCCCCACGUCCUCUCUGCCGCCCGACAGUCCGAUCGAAGCUUGUACGGCGCCCUCGCCCAGUUACACCUCUUUAACAAACCGACCCACAAGUUAUGCGGAAUACACGAACUCGAGAUCUCCACACUCCCAAUCGGAUCACACGAUGGCCAAUCACCCGAACAGCGACGGAGAGAUCAGCAUUUUCAGAGCGCAGCAGCGCAGUCCGGAAGAAACUGAAGCUGCUCACGAUCUGUUGUCGCUCUCCCAAAGUCUGCCGCCGCUCACCAAUCCGAGUGUGGUCAUGAUUCAUCAUUCCGUACCGAUCGAGAAUGACAGACUGUCACCCACACACUGUUACUAUCGGCCACUCUCACCCGAGAGACCCAAAAGUACCAAUACCAAUUUCAACGGCAGUGCCACGCACGUCAACGGAAACGGAGCUCCGAUAGUGUACGUGGUGCAGCUUCCUGCGGUUCCGACGCCACCGAUUUCGGAAUCCUCCAACGACCUGGUGAUUGAUCAGGUCGAAAACAAUCAAUGCAAUACCGGGGACAUCGUUAUCUUUCCCAUGUCGCCCGAUCCGGAGAAGCGGUACGAGAUCGACGUAGAAAACGUGUCCGAAGAAGAACGUCUUCUGUCAAACGAUACGGAAAUCGUACCAAGCGCGGAAACCGUUUUAGUGACUUCCCAUCUGAAUCUACCAGAUACGAGGAAGAGAACAUACAGAUCGUUCCAAAAAGUACAGAACGAUGAGUCUUUGAAUAACAACAGUAGUAAUUCGAAAAACAAAAACACAAAACAAAAUAAAAGCGAAGAGACAGAUAAAAGGAUGAAGCUACCCAGGAAGAACAAAACGCCUUCGAGCAAGAAGAAAUUGUCUACGAAAUUCUACAAGGUCGUGGAUCCUUCGGGAACCUGUCCCGACGAGCAAGACAGCCAACCUUCCUCCACCGAUUCGGACACGGUGAAAGGAUUCGUGUGCAACGAGUGCGGCAAAAUGUACGCCACCUCCUCGAACUUGUCCCGCCACAAACAGACGCAUCGCAGUUUGGACUCGCAGUCGGCGAAGAAGUGCAACACGUGCGGGAAGGCGUACGUCAGCAUGCCCGCUUUGGCCAUGCACCUCCUCACGCACAGACUGUCGCACAGUUGUGGGAUCUGCGGCAAGCAGUUCAGUCGUCCGUGGCUCCUUCAGGGCCAUCUCCGAUCCCACACGGGGGAAAAACCGUACGGCUGCGCCCAUUGCGGCAAAGCCUUCGCGGACCGUUCGAAUCUUCGGGCACACAUGCAGACGCAUUCGGGUGACAAAAACUACGCGUGUCACAAGUGCAAAAAGACUUUCGCCCUCAAGUCGUAUCUGACGAAGCACCAGGAGUCGGCGUGCACCUACGUCAGGAACAGAUCGGUUGCGUCGGUGAGCGUCGAGACGCAGACCACAAUGGACUAGGUAGGCCGCU